AUGUAGGGUGCGAAAGAAGUUCAACAUACAUGCACGGCUAAAAUAUUGUGCUCAGUUUGAAAAUGAGGCAGUACAGCGAGUAGGUUUUAAACAGGCUAUUGGUGCGCGUUUGAGGCUUUCUUAUCUUCCUUUAAUGUUGACAAUUUGAAUACAUUAAACUUGAAGUUGGAAUAAAUAGAGCAGAGAGCCCCACAUCCAUCGGACCUGACUUCUUCAUUGCCCAGCACCAGGGCCCCUCCGGUUCAGUUGCACCACCUGCACAUUCGGUAGCCACUUCACUGGAGCCGACCCACGCCUCGUUCCCGAGUCACCUGUCACGGGUGACGUGAUACUGCUAAUGCGAUUACGGGAGAGCUGCGCCUCCUAACCCGGCUCAGCCCCAAUUUACAAAUCUCAGGGCGACCUUGACUAUAUCCACCUCGACCACCAGCCCGACCAAUCAGGGCUGUCACCCCCUAGCAACCUACGCACGAUGAUGGCACAGGGCGAGGGAGGGACCCAUCUCCACACCGGGCAGAAGGGGGUCUCGGCCGCCGCGCGAGUCGGAGCAGGCGACUAGCGACUCGGGGACUUGGGGGAAGCUUGGAUCAUGGAUGGAAACGCGGCGAUCGGGACUCUAUGGGAGGACAGAGAAGUCCGCUUCGAUGUCUCGCCGCAGCUGAUGAAGCCCCGAGCCGGAGAGCUCGUCCUGGACACGAUGGAGUCCGUGGAGGACACCAAGGGGAACAAUGGAGAGAGUGGGAGGCUGGUGGUCACCAACUUGCGCGUGCUCUGGAAUUCGCAUUCCUUCUACCGCAUCAACCUGACCAUCGGCUUCAACUGUGUCAUGAGCAUCGAGAAGCGCAUGGUGAACUCGAAGCUGCGCGGACACACCGAGGCGCUGUACAUCCUCACCAAGUGUGGAAACACUCGCUUCGAGUUCAUCUUCACGAACCUGGAGUCGGGCAGCCCGCGGCUCUUCACCUCCAUCAUCACCGUGUGCAGGGCGUACGGAACGUCCAAGAUGUACCGGGACCUGAAGCUGCGCGCAGCCAUCGUCAGCGACGGGAACCUGCGGCUGCUGCCCGGAGAAGAGCUGUGCCGGCGGUUGGAUGGGGUGUGGAACCUGUCCAGCGAGCAGGGCAACCUGGGUAGCUUCUUCAUCACGAACAUUCGAGUCGUGUGGUUCGCAGCCAUGAACAUGUGCUUCAACGUCAGCAUCCCCUUCCUGCAAAUCCGAUCCGUGAAGCUCCGGGACUCAAAGUUUGGAGCCGCCCUCGUCAUUGAGUGCACACAGCAGAGUGGCGGCUACGUGCUGGGAUUCCGUGCCGACCCCCCCGACCUCAUGCGCACGUUGUCGCAGGAGCUGCAGAGCCUGCACCGCGUCUUCGCAGCAAAGCCCGACAUGGGUGUGCGCUUCCACAUGGAGGAGAUGCCGGCUCCACUGGAGAAAGUGACGGAGGUGCAGGAGGACGAUGACCUGAAGCUGGAGCCUGGGUUCUCCAAAAGCGAUGCUCACACGGCUUACUUUGCUGAUGAGAACAAGCCCAGGGACCGUGAGGUGGUCUUCUCCACCGAGCUGGGCCUCGCCAUCGAGAAACUGCGAGACGGUUUCACCCUGCAGGGCCUCUGGGACGCAACGGCGUGAGGGCUCCGGCGCCAGCUCGCACUCAUUGCACACACAAUGUGCGUGCCGCAAGUGAACCGCAACACCUUUGCUGAGCUCGUCAACGAGCAUAAACCAUCACGCGAACUCCCGUCAUCCUCGCAGCGGCUUUUGGCUGGCCAUCGCUUAAAGACGGU